CAGCUGUCAGCUGUAUACCUUGGGCUUGUCAAAGAACAUAUCAUAAAAUACCUUGGUGCGUGACAGACCACAUACCAGCAACUGAAUUGAAUGUCCUGGACCAUUAGAAAUCUCAUGCGCUAUCGCGAGUGUUGGACCGAGGACGUGAGGCCAGUCCGUGUAAGGGUGUCAUACAGAAACGAAACCCGAACGACCGUAGUGUCCAUACCGGUAUAGAAGAUCCAGUGGUAUUAUAUAGAUGCGCAUUAAGCUAACUACCACUACGUCUGCUGCCGGUCGCGCCAUUCUAGCGGGGUGACCUGUGUUGGCGUCAGUCACUGAAUAAUCUCGCAGAGGUCGUCCGGCUCAUGACAACAUAAUUGGCUUCAUCCAGAAAGUCAACGAUGAGGCAGGGGAUGUUCUUAUCGGAGGCACCGGUGAUGACUCCAAGGGCUACUCCGUACAGCAUUCUAACCAAAGAUCCUGAAUCAAUCACCAUGAAAGAAGAAAUAUCUGAUCCUGUCAUCACUGUUUAUGUAUACGACGACGCGAAUUAUGAGAAGACUCUGGAACUCAUCGAUAACAUCUCGCCUAAUACACUGACUGGCUCUAGGAGGGUCGCACUUAAGGUCUCUGUGAUAUGCCUACGCAACACUGCUGGCAACGUCUGUUACCACGAAGAAUGCACUGGCGCGGUCGUGUGUCAACAACCCUUUGGAGGAGGACGAUCGAGUGAAACUAACGACAAAGCCAUCUUCUACCAGUUCCUUUCGGCGAGACGCAUCAAGGAGAACUUCGUGGACCCGGAGGACUUCUAA